CGUCACAGAAGUGGGUGUAUAAAACUUGUAAAAUUACCGAGACAAACAACUGCAGCUGGUAGUACCGUACAGCAAUAUUGAUAUCUCGGCUCCACAAUGCAAAGUCCGCCCAAGCCUCAGUUUGCCAGUUGGCUCAUCGAGCAAGUGGAGACGGGCCAGUACAAGGGGCUGUGCUACGUGGAUCAAAAUAAAUUCAGAGUGCCGUGGAAGCACAACUCCAGAAAAGACUGCAACGAUGAGGACAGUAAAAUAUUCCGGGCCUGGGCAGUGGCGAGUGGGAAAAUCAACGAGUUCCCCAAUGACAAGGCCAGAUGGAAAACCAACUUCCGUUGUGCUCUUAACAACCUGUCUCAGCGCUUCAAGAUGGUCACAGAUAAUUCCAAGAAUCAAGAGGACCCUCAUAAAAUCUAUGAGAUUAUGAACACUGACAGCAACUAUGAAGGUAUGCCAAUGCAAGAUUCCCAGGAGGAAUCUGACAUGACUCCAGAUAUAUUCAGCCCAACCACCGAGUAUUUUCCCACAGGAAAUGAGCACAAUCUGCAUCAGGACUUCAUGGCCCUGGAUCUUGGCAGCCAAUCAGGAGAAGAGCAGUUGUGGACACAGCAUAAUAAUCCUGUUCUAAGUUAUCUCACCGCAACUGAGAACCUUCCGCAAUAUCUACCAGCCGAUCAGACGGCUUACAGUCAAGCAGUAAAUGCUUCUCCAGUCCUCAGUUCACCUCAGACGCCCAGUCUGUACGACCUGGAGAUCUCCAUCCAUUACAGGAAGAAGGAAAUGCUGAAGGCGAUGCUACACACCAACCGUCUUCAGCUCCACUACCACAGCGAGGACCCCAAGUUCAACGCCUCUUAUCUCUGCUUUCCUUCCACUGAGGGCCUGCUGGACCACAAACAGAUUGAAUACACCAACCGCAUACUGAGCAGCAUCCAGCGAGGUCUGCUCUUGGAGGUGCAGGAGACCGGUAUCUACGCCCGGAGGCAUGACAACUGCCAUGUGUUUGCCAGCACCAGCGACCCCAACGUAGCCCAUCCAAACCCCCAAAAAUUGCCCAAAAACACAGUGGUGGAGCUCCUCAGUUUUGACAAAUAUGUUAAUGAGCUUAAACAUUUCAAGGAGAACAAUGGCCGCUCUCCUGAAUACACCAUCAACAUGUGCUUUGGAGAGAAGUUUCCAGAGGGAAAACCGCUGGAAAAGAAGCUUGUCGUUGUGAAAGUGGUGCCUCUAAUUUGUCGAUAUUUUCAUGACAUGGCCCAGAUGGAUGGGGCUUCAUCUCUCCACAGCGACAACAUCAGCCUGCAGAUUUCACACAACAGCCUCUUUGACCUCAUCAGCUCUGUGUUUUCUCUGCCAGGAGCUGAAGAGCAACUGACCAUUGGUGUGCCUUUCAUUGAUCAGACUGGAGACUUGAUUUCUCACUGAUCUCUAGUCAAAGUGAUAACUGCUGCAGAAAGUGAACUAGCCAUUUACAAUUAAGGCACAAUUAAACACAGCUCAUCGCCUUUUGAUUUUUUGUUUGCACUAUUGAAACACUGACA